AUGGACAUACCAUCAGACUUUCCGGGUGCGGGCAGCUCCUCACCUUGCCCCGCCCUGGACUCUAUUGCGUCUGGACCCUUUCGUGUAAACCGUAAGGAGGUCUGGAUGCAGGAUACCAUCGAUAACGUCAAGGCCAAGAUUCAAGAGGACGAGCAACCCCAUUGCGUAUCAAUGGGAACCAUUCGCCCUGAUAACACGGUUAUGCAUGGAAUAAGAAAGGAGGGAAAAGACAAUGGGCUAGGCGACGUGGAUAAAAACUAUCUAGAAGACGCCAGCUGCAUCAUGAGGACGAAGCAUGGCAGCGACAAUGGGUUCAAGAGACAUUGUCUCAACGGGAAGACCAUCACCCUUGAUAUGGCACCUGGCUACAGUCAGGGCCCGGGAGGGCCCUCAGAACAAACAUCUACCACUCCCGAGAAACCGUCGCUUUUAAAUCCAUCGGUAUUACCAGCGAGGACGGAUCAGCAUUGCUAUUCUUCAGUUGGUGAUCCCGUUCUGUCGACCAUCAGCUUCUCGGCCAAACCUCUACCUUCUAACUGCGGCGUUGACGAACUUGAUUGGAAUUUGCCCGGCUGGACUGUGUUAUACAUCCAGACCAUUGUGAACAAUCUACUAUCUCUGCGCCAGCACGUAUCAAAGGUUAUUGAGGACUUUCAAGAAGAAAGCACAGCCCUCCUAGCCCAGAAUUCGAUAGAUAUUUCGAGAUUUCCAUACCACUAUCCACCAUCAGCAUACGUAACACAUAGAUACGAACUCGUUUCCCGUCAUCGAACCAUACAGGAGAGUGCUACCGGCGUAGCCACCCACACUUCCAGUUUGAUAGACCAAAAAGAGUCCUCCCCCCACGAAAAUAACCAAUCUCAGGAAGAAAUCUUCUCCAAUAGCUUCUCGACAGACUUUCCAAGCUUCGACGAACAAAACUCUACAAUCUCCACCCCCACACAAAUCUCAAAUACUCCAAACAUGGAGGCCCACCAUAACUUCGACCAAAUCCCAUUUGGCAACGAUCUAUUCAACUAUCCACUAUCUGACCCCACAAUGUCCUUCGAUUGGCUCAACGCCGACGAUAUCAAUAACAUCUUGAACUUCACAUUCGACCAACAAACAUUUACACAAACCAGAACAGGUUACCAAACAAGCGAACAUACAGCACCAUUGAGCCCAGCUUCGUUAGCCCCCAGUAGCAGCAACAGCUCCAAGAAAACGUCCACAAAGCGCAAACAGUCGACUACAACAGACAAAAGCAUGCUCUUCUUCAACGAAAAAACGGGACUGUUAUCGCCAAAUAUCACCAGACUCACACCAUCGACGACGCAGUCCCCAAACACUAAUGGUCCUCAUUCGCCAUCCCCAGCACCACAGGACGUUCAGCAGCAAAGCUCCCAGACAUCUUCUAACGAUUCUUCCUACCCACAACCUUACGUCUGUGAGCAUUGCAAGGCCCCAUUCAGGUUCAGCCGUGACUACUGGCAACAUAAAGCCCAAGCCCACAACGACUUCCGUUUCCGAUGCCAACUCGGCUGCGGCAAGGGCUUCGCCCGCCACGACAACCUCGUCCAGCACCACCGCGAAUCUAAGCGUCACCGUCGAAGCCCGUCUCCUGUCAUUGAUGCCGAAGAAUUCUCGCGCCGAAAGAAGGCGAGAAAGGCAUCGUUAAUGACUGUGGAGAGCGAUGAGCCGCGGUUCGACUCCCCUCUCACCUCCUCCUUCGGCGGCAGCAGUGACACAGCAAGCAAUGGUACUCCGAGAGAUGCUGAGAACGAUGCGUCAAUGCAUCCAGAUUACCUGCGUUUGCAGCGAGACUUUGAGCUGUUGAAUGCAAAGUACGAGCUGCUGAAAAAGAAGGUCAACACGCUGACAGAGGAGAAGGAGGAGUGGGAGGCUCGUGAGGAGGAUUCGUUGGAGCUCAAUAAUAUUCAAAUUGAGAACUUCAUAUCCAAAACCCUAAAAAAACAGUAA